GUACCGGGUGAUGUCAUUCUUUGUGGUGGCCGCAGUGGCAAGAUGGCGGCGGAGAGGAAGCUGCUGGGCGCUGACCGGGGGGAGGCAUCGGGAGUGGGGGGCGAAGAAGACGAGGGGCAGAGUCUAUGGUCGUCUAUUCUCAGCGAUGUUUCUACAAAUGCACGGAACAAGCUCCCCUGUGGGAAAAAUAUCCUGGUGUUUGGGGAAGAUGGAUCAGGAAAGACUACUCUUAUGGCAAAAUUGCAAGGAGUUGAUCAUAACAAGAAAGGACGAGGCCUGGAAUAUUUGUAUCUGAGCAUUCAUGAUGAGGACCGAGAUGAUCUGACGCGCUGCAACGUUUGGAUUUUGGAUGGAGACUUAUACCACAAAGGCCUUUUAAAAUUUGCUCUGUCUGCGGACACAAUCCAUGACACGCUGGCUGUGUUUGUAGCAGACAUGUCCAGGCCAUGGACGAUAAUGGAAUCUCUACAGAAGUGGGCCAGCGUCUUACGAGAGCAUCUAGACAAGAUAAAGAUUCCUCCCGAGGAGAUGAGAGAUCUGGAACAAAAGAUCAUUAAAGAUUUUCAAGAAUAUGUGGAACCAGAAGACACCUCCUCAGGAUCCCCACAGAGAAGAGGUCCUACCUCAUCAGGCACCGAGGAGGAGAAUAUUAUUUUGCCACUGGGAGACAAUAUUCUUACUCACAAUCUUGGCAUUCCUGUGCUAGUUGUUUGCACCAAGUGCGAUGCGGUUAGUGUCUUGGAAAAGGAACAUGACUACAGAGAUGAGUUUUUUGACUUCAUCCAGUCUCACAUCCGGAGUUUCUGCCUACAGUAUGGAGCUGCCUUAAUUUAUACUUCAGUGAAAGAAGAGAAGAACUUGGAUCUGCUCUACAAAUAUAUUGUCCAUAAAACAUAUGGAUUCCACUUUAAUAUGCCUGCUUUGGUGGUGGAGAAGGAUGCAGUUUUUAUUCCUGCUGGCUGGGACAACGAAAAGAAAAUUGGAAUUUUGCACGAAAAUUUCACAAGCGUCAAACCUGAAGAUGCCUUUGAGAACUUAAUUGUAAAGCCGCCUGUAAGAAAGCUGGUCCAUGACAAGGAGGUGGCAGCUGAAGACGAGCAGGUUUUCCUUAUGAAGCAGCAGUCUUUUCUGGCAAAGCAACCGGCUACUCCAACAAGAGCCUCGGAGUCUCCAGCCAGAGCUCCUACCGGUUCCCCUCGAACUCCGGGUCGUACUGGACCCACCACUGUGCCCAGCUCCUCACCCAUGGCAGCAGUUAAAAAACCAGAUCCCAAUAUUAAGAAUGCUGCUGCCAGCGAAGGAGUCCUGGCCAGCUUCUUUAAUAGUCUGCUGAGUAAAAAGACAGGAUCUCCUGGAAGUCCAGGUGGGCCUGGGUCUGCUCCGAGCUCUGGCAAGAAACCGGGACAGAAGCCCGUACUGACCAACGUCCAGGAGGAGCUGGACAGAAUGAGCCGCCAGCCGGACACUGUGUUAGCUAAUUCUACCCCUACGGAGAAUGAGGCCUGAUGAGCUUAUGAAGCAAACUAUUACACAACACUUAUGUAAAUGACCAAAUAAUAACAAUGUAUAUUGGACUUAAUGAUACAAAGGCUGCUCUGACACAGCGGAUACUGUAGGUUUUGUCAUGGAACGAGGCGGCACUGCUAGCCUGACUCCAGUGUUAUCUGCCCCCUACAUGAAGCUUGCCUUGAAAUAUUCCACCUGGUUAACCCCUAGAGUGCAGAAAGUGUCUGUUUCUGCACCCAUAAGCACUUAGAUCAGGUUGCAGUCCAUCCUGUAAGGGUCAGAUAGUAAGAUUUCAGCUCUAGGAUCUACUGUCACUUAUUUGCACCACGUUGCCGGCCCUGUGGAUGGAGAAGGGAUCUUGCAAGUUGGAUGUUAAACUGAAACAAGAAAGUGCUGCUGACUGUGGCGAAGGAACGUUUAGUUUGUAAGCCUGGUUAGGAACAACUAGCAGAGUGACCGACCUCUUAUACGUUUAACCCCUUCCUUUCCUGCGGGAUGCUUUUGCGGAUAGGUUAAUUAAUAUCUGGCUUUCCAAGGGUUUUCGGGAAUCCCUUACUUUUACUUCAGAUAGGCUACAGCAAAGGAAUUGAGUUUAGAAAUUUGCUGCCAGUGUGUAAAAGUUCUUGGGAGUUGGGUAUGGUGGCGAUCACAUGGGGCAAACAAAGCAUGUUUGGUCAGUUCCAAGUGCCUAGAGCGGUUCAGAAUGUGCCACUAGGAGGCGCUUGGAGGAUUUAUGCACUGUAUUAACAGUCACUUUUAUAUACAUAAAAUAUAUAUAUUAUAUUAUUUGCAAUUGCUCUAGCAGCAAACCUUUAUGUUAUCUGUCCUAAUGUCCAGAUUCCCACUACGCUUUCUCUUGAGGCCUCAAGAUAUACAAGUGGAGCUAUUUCUGGCCCACCUUUUUUUUUUUUUUUUUCUUUUUUCUCUCUAAAAAAUGUUUUUUUUCUUUGUCAUGGACUUUUAUUUUUAAGAUGGUAGAGAGAAGCAAGGCAAGCAUUUCUGCAUAUUCUAUUGCAGGUUGUUCUACUGGGAGUGCUCGCCUUUUUUUUUUUUUUUUUUUUAACCAGAGGCACAAGGAGCUUCUGCUUUCCUGGGCUGCAAUAAAAAG